CCUGUUGUCAGUCCCUUUUGUCAGUCGUGUUGAGAAGAUGUCAGCUCGGUCUCUGUUCCUGCUGGUGGUCUGUGGGGUGGUCAGGGCUCAGGUUCUGAUAGCCGGGAAUGAAGAUGCUGAGAUUCUGAAUCCUGAGAAGACAACAGAAGAAGAUCUGAGAGUCCUGGUGCAGCAGCUGAUGGCCAGAGUGCAGAAACUGGAGUCAGAGCGAGAGGACAGAGGUCAACCUCAGGUGGCGUUCUCAGCCUCCCUCUUCACUGCUGCAGAGUGGACCCAUCAUGGGCCCUUCGAGGCCGCCACCACGCUGAUCUUCAAAAGGGUGAUGACAAACAUUGGCGAUGGAUACGACUCAAACACAGGCAUCUUCACAGCCCCCGUGAAGGGACUCUACUACAUCCGGUUCACCGGCUGCGUCGGAGACUCGGGGUCCCUGAACGCAGCGGUGUUGAAGAACGGGGUCAACAUGUUCGCCAUCUAUGACACCAGGGGCACGCACGGCAGCGGCUCCAACGGCAUGACCCUGGUCCUGGAGCAGGGGGACCAGAUCUCGGUCACCCUCUGGACCGGGAACAGCAUCUUCGAUCAGAGCCGACUCAGCACCUUCAGCGGCUUCCUCGUCUUCCCCCUGUAGGUGGAGACGGAGACCGCUGGAGACCUUCAGAUCUUUAUGAAAUCAUUAAUAAUAACUACAUCAAAAUAAAGCUCAAAGAAAUAAAA